AUGGCGACAGCCAAUCACCACCACUAUAGCUUCGUCCCCGACCCACACACUACCGAAUACCUAGCCUUGAACGACCGUUCCACUUCGCCCGCCCGCAAGCUCUGGCCUUUCAAUCGCUCUCGUUCUUCCAGCCCCAACACCCAGGGUCAACAACAUCUCAGCCUCGACACAUCUGUCAACGGCAGUACUUCCCGCUCACGCAAGUCUUCGGCCAACUCGAACAAUAAUGGCGUCAGCCCAUCCGGUUCUGCUUCCAGCUUUGUCGUCAAGAGCGUUGUCCGCAGUCCUGGUGGCGUUUCGCUUCCCACAUCUCCCGCAAACGAUCACCACCCGCAGAACUAUUUUGCUCAAGGCGGCGCUCGUCAGCAGUCACCCUCCCCCGCAGCUAGGAGAAUGACGCUCGAAGACUCGGACGACGACAUGGGCCAGCACGAGCAACAGCAGCAUCUCCAGUACCGGCGAUCCAAGAGCAAGCCGCUCGGAGCUGUAACCAGUCUCGGCGUUCCUCCAGGUGGACCAGGUGGUGGUGUCGGCUAUGGAACCGCUCGCUCUUCCAAUGAUGGAAGACCCGAGUCUGCUGGCGGUGCGCCAUCUCCUUUCUACAGACCAGCCAGUCCAUCUGGCUCCAUCACCGCCGGUGAUUUCCAGCGAAGCGCAAAAGAGCGUGGCAGGUCCCCUCGCCAGUCUGCCUCGGGCAGCAGCGGCUCUCCUUCAGCUCACUCUGCUGCUUCCUCUUCUGGCAAGAAGCCCGUAGCCCGUAUCACUGCUGGGCCUAGGAGCUUGGCACAGCAGCAGCAAGAUGAACAUCAUCAGCAGUAUCAACAGCAGCAACAGCAAGAGGCUCACUUCCAGCAGCACCCACAACAGCAUCCUUCCUCGCGUGGGCCCAGUCCCGCUGCUGCUGCUGCUGGUCCUCGAAACGCCGGCCUGGCAGGUCCACGUCACUUUCCUGGUGGCCCUCCUUCUCCCUCUGGGCCCGGGUACCAGUCUCAUCCUCAGCAGCAUCCUCAUGCCGCUGGUCCUCCUGGAAGCAUGGGCUUCCCCUUGCUUCCCCCUCAGCACACUCCUGGUCAUGAGGGCCGAGACGAGUCGCCCAGCCGAUCGCGUCGCUUCUCCUUUGGUAUCGCUUCCCGAUUGCGCAAGGACAGCGAAAAAGGUGCCUCUGGCCCUGCGCCUCUAGACGGCUUGCCUUCGCCGGUCGAUAUCCCUUUUGGCCGUUCUCCCCACUCGCCUCUGCGUUUCGACAACGGUGCAGAGACCGACUACUCGCGUGCGACUUCGCCCUUCGGUUCGGUCUCGCCAGCUCGAGUGGCUGGUAGCCCCAACUCGUCUGGUUUCUUGUCGACCUUGAUGGGUAGGCAAGCGGCAGACGAGCGUGAGGCGAGGCAGAACCAGCAUCAGCAACAGCCACGUCACCGUGAUGACGGUCCUCGCAGCUGCUCGCCCAGUGGAGGCUCCAACCUAGCUGGAAAGUGGUUCAAAGGCGUCUUUGGUCGAUCGCCUCGUGCUGACGAGAAGGAUCCCAAUUACGCUUCUGAUCUCAGCCCCUUCCCCUUGACCGUCAGCGGCACCAGGGAUGCCGAAGACGAAGCUGCCUACGCCCAGAAGCUCUCUUCGAUGCGUCAGGCGCGUCACAUUGUCGAUGAGGAACGUCAGCGUCACAUGAUGGGUCCCACCACCCCCACUGGCGUGCGUGGCGCGCCCGGAACAGUGCAACGAUUCGAUCCCAACCAUGACCGCGAGUUCCGUCCGCGUCAGGUGGUCGACAGCGACGCCGAGGCUGGCAAUGUGGACAGCGAUGCUGAUGCCGAUGCUGCUAUGGAGUUUGAGCUAGGACGCAAAAAGAGCCCGCCGGGCAGAAAGCCUGUGCCUGCUUACCUGCCUGGCUCGACGCCACGAAGGGAUGCUGACGGCCAGAGUGGGGCCCCGGCACAGGAUGAGAAGCUUACGCCUGCUCAGCGCAUUAUCCAGGAAACGCGCUCCAAGCAGCUGGCUCGCGAGCAGAUCGAAGCUCAGCGUCAAGAAGCUGCGAUGCAUCAGCAAAAGAUCGCAAACAGCAAUCCGCGCGAAACGCUUGCCGCUAACGCUCAAUUCAACGGUCCGCCCACGCCGCCCAAGGGAAACGACCCUGCGCUUCAAGGCCAUCAGCAGCGAUUCCCCAGCGGAGCGCAUCAGAUCACGCGCGAGCCCGCCACCCGAAGUGGAGGUCCUCCACCGCAAUCGCAACCCAUCGCGAGCGCUGUUUCGGGCCAGCGCAACGGCAGCACGCUUGCACCCGGUAGCGGUCCCAUGCCUGCCGACCUACCUCUGCGCGACGCCCUGCAGGAGAUGAUGGUGCGUUUCUACCGCUUCGAACGCUACUCUGUCCCGCUGAUCCGAUCUCUCGAGACGCGGCUGCUCGACAUCGAACGCGAUGCGAUGCUCGCCAACAACCCUCAGGCGCGCAGUAGCGGCACCCGAGCAUCCAUCGCCUCGAACCACAGCGCAGAGAUGGACCGGUGGGUGAACCAGAUGACCAGUCUCAUGAAGCACGAGGUUGGACAGCUCAAGGCUGCCACCAAAGAGAUCAAGGAGUCGAGGGAGAUUGUGGCGGCCGUGGCCCGGAGUGCGAGCGCGUCCGGAGGCCCCGGAGUGGCGUUGUCCAUGUCUGUAUCGAGCUUUGGCAGCUUGGCGGCGAUCACGCCGACGACGUCGGUGCAGCAGAUUCAGACGCAGCGGCCGAUAGCGGAGGUGACGGAGAGGCAGACGAAUGUGUCGAGCUCGACGUUCGAGAGUGCGGUGCCGUUGGGAGGGAAGCUAGGGUUGCCAGCGGGGGCAAAGCCGGCGUUGGACAGGGAUGAGGGCAAGCACGGUGGUGCGGCGUCGCCGACAAAGGCGAACUUCGGAUUUGCCAGCGAGAGUGCGAAGGAGCACAAGGAGAACAAGAAUAUGCUGCGUGAUCGCUCGGUGAGCCCCAACGGCCGACCGAGGUUCACGUCGGUGCUCGGGCAGCCGCUGGCAAACGCACAGGCGCCGCAGCAGGCGGGUCGACUCUCGCCAGCCCCGUCAUCGAGCGAGGAUCGCGCGCAGGGCCAGGCGGGCAUGCCCAGGGACACGUCGGUCGAGAACAGGCUCAAGGCGCUCAUGUCGCCGAGUGGCGCGUCGAGUCGGUCUACUUCGCCUGCGCGGCCGCAGGAGGAGGCGGUGCAGGAACGUGAAGAAAAGGCAGACGAGAGUGGAAGCAGUGACAUUGCUGCUGCGCUCGCCGCUAUCGAUGCGUCCUCCUUUACUGCUGCCGAGGAUGCGCUUUCCGACCACUCGCUGCAACAACGACGCCAACAAGAGCACCACGUCCCCGUGUCGAAGUCGGCGUCCCAUUCGAGCUCCAACUCGGGUUCGGCUUCCGGGUCGAUGCAAGAGCCCCUCACGCCGACGGCCGAACUUGCCGAUGAGCUGAACGUCGCUGCUGCUGCGGCUCACGGGUCUGGAAAGGGCAACUUUUCAGGGGACAGCGGAAUCGCAGGAAGCGUGCUACCGUAUCUGACACGGGGCGAGGGUUCGGCGCCAACGAGCCCGGUGAAGGCGCAGUUCGGUGCGGCGCCACCUGCGGUGGUGGCGGCGUCGGGCAGGAUCUCGCCGCAGAAGCUGUUCGCGCACAAGUUCGCGGCGUCGGGAGGAUCGAGCGGCUCGACGUAUACGGUGGGCGGUGGUGGUGGAGGCGGCGCGAGUGGCGCCAACAGUCCUAGUGCGAGUACUAAGUUGGGGUUGGUCGAGAGGAAGAGGUUUACGCUUCCGGCUGCUGCUGUCGUGUCUCCGUCAACGACGACGACCUCGGGUGCGACGACCACGGGUACGGCCUCGACGGCAGCACCGACGACGCUGGGAACGGGGACAGUGACCACGGUGCCCGCCCGACAGGCUGGCAGGGUGAGUCGUUCACCGAGCUACACGCUGGACGACAGCGCGAUGGUGGCUGGUGUGCCUACUUCGGCUGCUUUUAGCGGACUGGCCAAGGUCAAGCCCGUGGGACACCUGGCGUCAUUGAAGGAGAGAGUGGCGUUCUUCGAUUCCGCCAAAUGA